UCCAGGAAGUUGGGUCCCAGCAGCAGCAGUUUGACGGCAGAUUUGCACUGGCAGAGGCUCAGACGGACAAUCCCCAGUUCGUGUGCUCCCUCGAGGACUCCUUCAUGGGAGUCUAAGUGCUCUCUUAUUCACACACUUUGAGAUCAGUUUGCUCAGCGGGCAAUGGCAGAGUAGUAAAGAGACCCAUCUCACCUGGGUACCACUGUACAGGUGGUAACCCUGUCCAGAAGCUGUUCCGUCUGUGAUAAAGUGUGCCCACCGAAAGGACAACGGGGCCUUCUAGAUCUGGAACUGUUACUACUGCCUCUAUAAUCCAAAGACUAGUAGCAAAGAUUGGACAAAAGUCGGUAGACUCCGGAGGCCUGGAGACCCCACCGCGUACUAGAGGGAUGAACCUGUCGACAGGAACUGGAUGGCAUGCCUGGUUACAUCCUCCACCCUCCUGUUGGUCUUCAAUUCUGCACUGGCUUCUUCUUGGCCCCAAUUAAGAGUCCUCAGGGCCCCGCAGGUUCACCAGACCAAGAAGGCUUCUUCAACCUGCUGAGCCACGUGCAGGGCGAUCGGAUGGAGGAGCAGCGCUGUUCUUUGCAGGCUGGUUCAGGCCAGACCCCAGAAAGCCAGGGUGGCCCUGCUCCUGAGAUGGACAAUCUCAUGGAUAUGCUGGCCGACACCCAGGGCCGCCGUAUGGAUGACCAGCGUGUAACAGUCAAUUCCCUGCCUGGCUUCCAACCUAUUGGUCCCAAGGAUGGAAUGCAGAAACGACCUGGGACCCUCAGCCCUCAACCCCUGCUCACCCCUCAGGACCCUGCUGCACUCAGCUUCCGCAGGAACAGCAGCCCCCAACCUCAGACACAAGCUCCUUGAGAGUUCUAGCCAUCCUGGGCCCCUCACUGGCCCCUGAAUACAACAAUAAAACGCUU